GGGCGGGGAAGGAGCGCGCCGAGGCGGCUGCGGCAGUUGCGCGCUGGGAUUGCUGCCGUGCGGCCGAAUUCAGCAUACAAUUGAAAUAAAAUGACAACCUCCUGGAGUGAUCGGUUACAGAAUGCAGCGGAUAUGCCUGCUAACAUGGAUAAGCAUGCCCUGAAAAAGUAUCGGCGAGAAGCCUAUCAUCGGGUGUUUGUGAACCGAAGUUUAGCCAUGGAAAAAAUAAAGUGUUUUGGUUUUGAUAUGGAUUAUACACUUGCUGUAUACAAGUCCCCGGAGUAUGAGUCCCUUGGCUUUGAGCUAACUGUGGAGAGAUUAGUUUCUAUUGGCUAUCCUCAGGAACUACUCAGCUUUGCUUAUGAUUCUACAUUCCCUACCAGGGGACUUGUUUUUGAUACACUAUAUGGAAAUCUUUUGAAAGUUGAUGCCUAUGGAAACCUUUUGGUCUGUGCACAUGGAUUUAACUUCAUAAGAGGACCAGAAACUAGAGAGCAGUAUCCAAAUAAAUUUAUCCAACGAGAUGACACUGAAAGAUUUUACAUUCUGAACACACUAUUCAAUCUACCAGAGACCUACCUGUUGGCCUGCCUUGUAGAUUUUUUUACUAAUUGUCCUAGAUAUACCAGCUGUGAAACAGGAUUUAAAGAUGGGGACCUCUUCAUGUCUUACCGAAGUAUGUUCCAGGAUGUAAGAGAUGCUGUCGACUGGGUUCAUUACAAGGGCUCCCUUAAGGAAAAGACAGUUGAAAAUCUUGAGAAAUAUUUUUUUUUUGAUGGAAAACUGCCUUUGCUUCUGAGCCGAAUGAAGGAAGUAGGGAAAGUGUUCCUUGCCACCAACAGUGACUAUAAAUAUACAGAUAAAAUUAUGACUUACCUGUUUGAUUUCCCACAUGGCCCCAAGCCUGGGAGUUCUCAUCGACCAUGGCAGUCCUACUUUGACCUGAUCUUGGUGGACGCACGGAAGCCACUCUUCUUUGGAGAAGGCACAGUACUGCGUCAGGUGGAUACUAAGACUGGCAAGCUGAAAAUUGGUACCUACACAGGCCCCUUACAGCAUGGCAUCGUCUACUCAGGAGGUUCAUCAGAUACAGUCUGUGAUCUGUUGGGAGCCAAGGGCAAGGACAUUUUGUAUAUUGGAGAUCACAUUUUUGGAGACAUUUUAAAAUCAAAGAAACGGCAAGGGUGGCGAACUUUCCUGGUGAUUCCUGAGCUUGCACAGGAGCUGCAUGUCUGGACUGAUAAGAGUGCACUUUUUGAAGAGCUGCAGAGCUUGGAUAUUUUCUUGGCUGAACUCUACAAGCAUCUUGACAGCAGCAGCAACGAGCGCCCAGACAUUAGCUCCAUCCAGAGACGCAUCAAGAAAGUGACUCAUGACAUGGACAUGUGCUACGGGAUGAUGGGAAGCCUGUUUCGCAGCGGCUCCCGGCAGACCCUGUUUGCCAGUCAGGUGAUGCGAUACGCCGAUCUCUAUGCAGCAUCUUUCAUCAACCUGCUCUACUAUCCCUUCAGCUACCUCUUUAGAGCUGCCCACGUCUUGAUGCCUCAUGAAUCAACAGUGGAACAUACACAUGUAGAUAUCAAUGAGAUGGAGUCCCCUCUUGCCACCCGGAACCGCACAUCAGUUGAUUUCAAAGAUACCGACUACAAGCGGCACCAGUUGACCCGGUCGAUUAGUGAGAUUAAACCCCCCAACCUCUUCCCACUGGCCCCCCAGGAAAUUACACACUGCCAUGAUGAAGAUGAUGAUGAAGAGGAGGAAGAAGAAUAAGGAGGAAAACCAAAACUGAGCACCCAUUAAACAAGCCUGGCAGGACUCAGAGGAGCAAAGAAUGCGUUCUAGCGGUGGGUGGGGGAGCUCCGGCAAAGGUACAUCUGGAAAGUUUCUGAAGACUUUAAUCAUAGAGAGAUACUUCUUAAGUUUUGUUUGCACUCUUUGCAGAUGGUUGAAAUUGUAAUGGAGUCUGUACUGAAAGAAAGUAAGGGUAAAGCUGGGCUGAACGGCAUGCAGAUGGCUCCAUCGUGGCUUGUGACACUCUUCCCUUGUCUUGUUUCCUUCUCAGUAUGUACUGGAUACACCCCGGGUGGGGACGAGUCCCAGAGUGGAGCAAGGGUGAUGGGAAGAGGUGAUCCAAAAAUGACGUUAUGUUACAAAUUGUGCUCUUACUCCAAAAUCUAUCCUGAAAUUUUCAGUGCAUUACACAGUAUUGUAUAUCAGUGGAGAAAUAUAUUGUUUCCAUUAUCAAAUGUAGUCUUCUGUUAAGGUCAAGGUUCCUUUUAUAAGCUCUGAAGUGUCCUCUGCGCCUCUGGGCAGACUGGGGGCUUCAGCGGCCUUGCACAAGUAUUUGGUUUGCUAAAGGGCUGGUCUGGAAUGCACUGCAGUGAGUGAUUUUGUUCUGAGGUACAAGUCUUCAUCUCUUCUUACAUUUUUUUGAUAGCAGAAAGGUUUCUUAUCAGAAACAAUCUUUUUCUCAUCUGGGAUCAAUCUAUAGAAAGAAGUUAGCUGCAAGAGGACAAAGGAGCAAGCCCCGUGAAAAGAAAAGGAAUCUCCUUCCAUUAGAGCAUAACUGAGUGAAUUUCUUAGUGUGGGCCAGUAUGGCUCAUGCUAUCCAGAGUUCCAGCCUUCUCUAGCCUCUAGGGUGGACGGCUGUAGUUCAGAGUCAAGCUUUAGAGGACGGGAAGAGGGCUCUGUAAGUCAGAACCUUAUUAGAGCUGAGGGCACAAUCAAUGUCAGUAAAUUCUGAAUCCCAAGAGAAAUCACUUCUUGUUUUCAACAAGAAUGGAUUACUGUGUACUUGGUAUUAGACGGCCUCACAGUGCAGAAUGGCCUGCAGCAGUAGUGGAGACUUGU